GGCUCUACUUUUACUACAUGGUCUGCAUCUGAACCCACAGGUUCGUAAGCAUUGCUGGAUGCGAGAUAAACUUCACCAAAGCCUCCAAUACCUAUGGAUCUACCAAGUUUCCAUUGGUUUCUGGCAAGAUCAAUCAAUACCUCUCCCUCAGAAAUAGGAUCAGGCUAUGGACGUCGAGAUGUUGUAGAAUUUCUUCUGUCUACUGGAGCAUCAGUUCAAGCUCGUGAUGAUGGAGGACUUCACCCGCUUCAUAAUGCUUGCUCAUUUGGGCAUGCCGAUGUUGUAAGGUUGUUGCUUGAAGCAGGUGCUAAUCCAAACACUCGUGACAACUGGAACUACACGCCCUUGCAUGAAGCAGCCAUCAAGGGCAAAAUUGAUGUCUGUAUAGCCCUCUUACAACAUGGAGCAGAUGCCAAUGUUCGCAACACUGAAGGUAAAACUGCAUUGGAACUGGCAGACGCUGCAACAAGGCCUGUGCUCACUGGAGAUCAUCGGAAAGAAGAACUGCUUGAAGCAGCUAGAUCUGGAGCUGAGGAUCGCUUGCUUACCGUGCUGAACCCGCUGAAUGUCAACUGUCAUGCUAGUGAUGGCCGUCGCUCAACUCCUCUGCAUCUUGCAGCAGGAUACAACCGUAAUCGAGUGGUACAGUUAUUGCUGCAGCAUGGGGCAGAUGUCCAUGCAAAAGACAAGGGUGGUUUGGUUCCAUUGCACAAUGCCUGCUCAUAUGGCCACUUUGAAGUGACAGAAAUGCUAAUUAAACAUGGAGCAAAUGUAAAUGCAAUGGAUUUGUGGCAGUUCACUCCAUUACACGAAGCAGCAUCAAAAUCACGUGUUGAAGUUUGCUCUCUGUUGUUAAGUCAGGGAGCUGAUCCUACUCUCCUUAACUGUCAUUCAAAGUCUGCUAUUGAUGUGGCACCUACCAGGGAACUCCAGGAGAGGUUGGCAUAUGAGUUCAAAGGCCACUGUCUGUUGGAAGCUGCACGUCAGGCUGAUCCUGCUAAAGUAAAGAAAUACUUAGUUCCAGAUGUAGUUAACUUCAAACAUCCUUAUACAGGAGAUACUCCAUUACACUGUGCAGUAAAUUCUCCUUAUCCAAAACGGAAGCAGGUUCUAGAGACGCUUGUGCGCAAAGGAGCACAUCUUAAUGAGAAGAACAAGGAUUUCCUUACACCACUUCAUGUAGCUGCUGAUAACUCCCAUUAUGAUGUC